AUGCAUAUUCCAGAUAAUACUGAUGUCGUUGUAACUCACAUGCCUGCAUGGCGUCCUGAACUUUACGUCCAUAUAGCCGAUCGUGUUAAACCUGUUUUACACCUAUGUGGUCAUGAUUUUGCUGGGUAUGGAGUGAUGUGGAAAAAAGGAACUCUCUUUUGUAAUGCUGCUUUACAGCUCACUUCAACAUUUCCGUCUACUGGUUUACCUAGGCGUCAUUCCAAAAAAUCAGUUAAACACAAGUCACAUGACUCUAAUGAGUAUUCUUAUGCGCUUGGUGAUUUUCGAGAACCCCCACUGUACACAGCGAAACCCAAUGGUCGACCCCGACCUCCAAGAUGGCAACGAGGUUUACCAAAACAACUAUCUCGUUUAUUUUCAACUAACCAAAGUUCCACUGGUUGUUCUUUUUUCCGGCGUACUCGUACACUCAGUUCUGUUGUAGUUACACCGACACAGAGUUCAAAAGCUGCAGUAGCUCAUACCAGCGCUGAUAUUGGAUUUAUAUAUGAUCCAGAUAUGCGUGCCGGGAUUGGUGCAAUGGCUGUUAACGAUCCAACAUGUAGUGGUAGUACACAUAUAGGAUAUGCUAGCGGUGGAACUGGUUUAUCUGGCAGUAAUGUAUGCUCUUCUGCUUGUCGUCGCAGUCCUAUCGUUGUAGAUGUUUAUGUUGUCAAUGAUGAUCAAAGUGUAAUCCUUCCCCCAUACGCCAGUUCUCUAAUAAAUAUAUUAAAUACUCAGGAAUGUACAAUUCAUGAUUAA